GUUUGCUCAUCCUCAGCAUCAAAAGUUUAGAGCUACUGCAGUAGGACCAUGUCUAUGUCUCGCCAAACUGUCUAUUCUGUUGGAGGUACCAACAAAAGAUUCAGUGCAUCUUCUGCUGUACCAAUUGGGGGAAACCGAAGCAGCUUCAGCACUCUCUCUGUCUCUCGUGCUGGUGGUGGAGGUGGCCGUUCUAGCUAUGGUGGUUUUGGGAGCAGAAGCCUUCAAAAUGCUGGUGGAUCUAGGAGAAUUGCUGUUAGUUAUGGGGCACCAUCACAUUUUGGUUUCAAGAGUUCUGGCAUGGAAUCUCACAUUGGCGCCAAUUAUGGUUCAGAUAUGUCUGGAAUUGGCAUGAGUCAGGGUCACUUUGGCGGUCCUGGAUUCCCAGUGUGCCCACCUGGCGGCAUUCAACAAGUAACUGUUAACCAGUCCCUGUUGGCACCUCUCAAUCUGGAAAUUGACCCAGCUAUACAAAGAGUUAGAACAGAAGAGAGAGAACAAAUUAAGACCCUCAACAACAAGUUUGCCUCUUUUAUUGACAAGGUUCGUUUUUUAGAGCAACAGAACCAAGUUUUGGAGACAAAAUGGAGGCUCUUGCAAGAACAGGGGGUAAAGAGUGUGAAAUGUAACAUUGACCCUCUGUUUGAAGCUUACAUUAGUUCCCUGAGAAGGCAACUGGAUAGCCUAUCUAGUGAAAAAGCCCGUUUGGAAUCAGACCUGAGACAGAUGCAGGAUGCUGUAGAAGAUUUCAAGAAGAAGUAUGAAGAUGAAAUCAACAAGCGCACCUCUGCAGAGAAUGAAUUUGUGGUUCUCAAAAAGGACGUGGAUGCUGCUUAUAUGAACAAAGUGGAGCUGGAGGCCAAAUUGAACAGUCUGACAGAUGAGAUCAACUUUUUACGAACUCUCUAUGAAAUGGAGCUCGCCCAGAUGCAGACUCAGAUCUCUGAUACUUCAGUGGUCCUGUCCAUGGACAACAACAGGAGCCUGGAUCUGAAUGGUAUCAUUGCUGAGGUGAAGGCUCAAUAUGAGGAUAUCGCAAACAGAAGCCGGCAGGAAGCAGAGUCUUGGUACCAAACCAAAUAUGAGGAACUGCAACAGUCUGCAGGGAGACACGGUGAUGAUCUCAGAAAUACCAAGACGGAAAUCUCUGAGCUAAAUCGCAUGAUUAACAGACUACGAUCUGAAAUUGAAAACGUGAAAAAACAUUGUGCCAAACUACAAGCUGCCAUUACUGAGGCCGAGGAACGCGGGGAACUUGCCCUGAAGGAUGCCAAGAAAAAACUGUCUGACUUGGAGGAGGCGCUUCAGAAAUGCAAGCAGGACAUGGCUCGCCAACUGCGGGAAUACCAGGACCUCAUGAAUGUCAAACUGUCUCUAGAUGUUGAAAUUGCCACCUAUAGAAAACUGUUGGAAGGAGAGGAGGGCAGGUUGGCAGGAGAAGGUGUUGGACCUGUAAAUAUAUCUGUUGUGAGCUCUGGCUACGGGGGCAGCAGUGGAAGUGGUCUUGGCUAUGGAAUGGGAGGAGGAAGUGGCUAUGGAAUGGGAGGAGGAAGUGGCUAUGGAAUGGGAGGAGGAAGCGGCUUUGGAUCAGGAAGCGGGUAUGCUGUUGGCGGAGGACAAAGCUUUGGCGGAGGACAAAGCUUUGGUGGAGGACAAAGCUUUGGCGGAGGACAAAGCUUUGGAGGAGGAUCCAUUUCUGGAAAUAUGGGAGGAGGCGGCUUUUCUGUAAGCAGCGGGAAAAUGGCAGCCUUUGGCCCAGGCAGCGGGAGCAGUUCAAGUGUGAAAAUUAUAUCAAAAACCUCCACAAGCUCUAGAAAGCUUUAAUUUCACUCCCCAAACCAAGCCACACCACACAAAUAAUGCCAGCUUCAUAUUCAAAGCGUGCCUGUAACAGCACAUGUGCCUAGAGAUAAAGCAUAUCAGCUGUGUUACAGGCAGUUACACAAGCAUUUGCAUUUUGGUAUUCCACUGCAUCCCAAAGAUUUCCCUGUUUUGAAGAGGUUGUUGUAGGUGACACUUUAAGGCAGUCCCCAGAAACAAAAAAAGGUACUGGAGAACUCAAGAGAAAACAUUGACAUUGCUUAGACAGCAGAUAUAUUAUAUAUUGUUUAGUUAAUAUUCUGGAAAUGCACUCAUUUGCUACAGUUGAUACCUCUACCAAUAAACCCUUUCAUUCUGACGUUGUCUUAAUAAACUGCAAUAAUUCUUAAGCA